GUGCGAUGGCAGAGUACAGCGAUCUCCUCCUGAGCGCGGGGAAGACGGUGGACGCCGUGUGGGCGAAGCAUGGCGAGUACAUCGCAGGGAAAGCAGGGUACGAGGCUAUCCAUAUCGAGAGCUUGCGCAUGGCGCAUUCUGCGUUUCCCAUCUUCGGUUGCGCGUUGGCCACGACACCUGUUCUCUGCAUCGUGGCCCGCGUCAAGUUGUGGGGUUCGUUCGACCCCAUCGCGGCGAUGUGCUUCAACGUGAACCACUCCCAGACGGGGAAGUCCCGCUUGACGCAGAUGGCCGAGAAGCUGAUCAGGCCCGUGGACACAGCAGUGACCAAGCGGCUCGAGAUGAUUUGGAAGCUCAAGGCGCUGGCAGAGAAGGCGGAAAAGCCCGCCGAUGGGCCUGGCGAUGAAGCGGCAGGCGAGCAUCCACAGGCGGCGGCGGGCGAGCACACGUCGUACUCGGCGUUCCCUGGCGCGUGGUCCGCGGCGCACGCGGGCGGCGCCAUGGAGGGUUGCAAAGAGAGGUGCGCGGGUGAUUUCGCACAGGCGAAGUUAACCAAGAAGGGCGGCAAGUUCCCCGCGCUCUCUGCCGACGCUGUGAAGGAGAAGCUGCCUGGUGCCACGGAUGCAGAGAUCAAGAUGGCGGGCCGUUUCGGCAUGCAGGGUCGCCUCUACUUCGGCCAAGGCCUCAUCUUCGACGAGGCCUACGACAUUUUGCAGGAACUGGCGCUCCUGGACAAGCCAGGCGCGAAGAAGACCGACGACGUGGCAUCGGGGCAAACGCCCAACGCAGGGUGGGCGAACCGCCUCCUGCAGGGCGGGCGCUCUGAUCACGAGACCCAGACGGUCGGCCGCCACGGCGGCGUUGACGCGCCGUCCGUCAACGCCGCCGCCAUUGGGAAUCCACACCCAACUUCCGCCGUCGAGAUGCACAAGGGCCUACGAGGCGACCAUGGGCGCCAAAUUCGGGCUCGGCUGCUCUUCACGACCGGGGAGCCCGUUCAGCCACAUCAGGCGGUGGAUACGGUAGGGGAUAUCGUUGCCAAGGUCGAGUAUUUCGAGAUCGCGGAGGUUCUGCAGGUGCACCUGGGCCUCGGAGACGCGCUCAAGAGCUUGGAGCGCGCCAUGAAGUACUUCGAGCCGAGCACGUCAAGCCUGGAGGAGGAGGACUUGGAUGCGGCGAUCAUGGAGGCAGCGAAGCUCCCGUUCGUUCCAGACGAGCAGGGCUGGGAGCAUGAGCUACCUGACGGGGUGACCACGCGCGUGCGCAUGGCCUGGAAGGGCGACAAGUACGUGCCUGAGUGGGCGCUCGCGGUCCGCGACAUCGGCGUGCCCCAGAAACGCGACCUGCACGCGGCGGCGGGCAAGUUGGCGGCGGCGUUCAAGAAGGCCCACUGCGACAUGGACUUCGACUCGAAGGCCAAGGGCGCGUUCUUGUCAUACGCCGCGUGGUUCCAGAUCAAGGUCAAGCAGAACCGCGACAAGAACAACAGCUCCGCUGCUGCCGAGGCGGUCGAGGCGGCGGCGGCGCCGCUUCUGAUCGCGGAGGAGCAGGUCCACUGCGCACGCGGCCUGCUCGAGGUCUUCAACGCCGCGCCCGAGGGUUUCCGCGGCGACGGCGACGCCCCCGAGCCCGGGAAGGAGCAGCGGCGCGCGGACUUCAAUUUGGAGCCGCGCGCGCAGGAGUCCGCGCUUCUCGACAGCGACGCGGCCAGGCGCAUCUUGCUGAAGGGCGCCACGGUGAAGGAUGGCCCCGACGACCAGUUCGAAGUCUCGUCUCGCGCAUCGUGGAGCCUCUUCUCCGAGAAGGAGCUGGGCAAGGAGGAGAAGUUCAGCGUGCACUUCUUCCGCGCCGUGGCGAAGCGGUUCCCCGAGGUGAUUGGGAAGUUCGACGAGGAGAAGGAUGCGCUCCUGUUCCACGUGCCCGCCGACGGGGAGGCGGCGCCCUCAGGUUACGCCGAUGCGCUCGUUGGCUUCGCGAACAUCAAGGCCGAGGAGCUGACCGCGAAGAUGAAGGCCAAGAAGCUCGAGACCCGCGGCGGGGACAAGCGCAGCGGCGGCGGCG